UUGGGGCUCGUGCCAGAUGCGCGUUUACACGGGCCCUGAAUACUGUAAAUGCACUAUCUGGUACGACAUCUCUUCUGUCAUUGUCACCAAAUUGUCAACCUGUUAUUAUUGUACCGGCUCCACUGGCGACUGGCGUGUUGGCAGUGUGGUUAGCUGGUUGUGUUAUGCCUUCAAACACGACCGCUAUCGACACUGCAGUUACGACGGUCGCAAUAAUCCAUCAGGAUCCCGUCAUCUCAUCCGCCUACGUGUCCUUUGGAGGACUUUUGAUGCGAUUGCAAGGCGACGCUAACAAUCUUCAUGGCUUCGAGAUCGACCAGAGCAUGUACUUGCUGAUGAAGAAACUCGCAUUUU